AUGUGGGACCCACAUGACCAGCAGAACAUGACUCAUGAAGUAGUGACGCAGUACUAUCAGGACCCAGAGAUGCUAAUGGGUGCGCGCAGGUCGGCUAGGUUGGGUAUUCCAGAACCUGAAACAGUAGAAACGUUGAGUGAAGAGGACCGACGACGUUUCGCGCGCCUGAACGUUAACCCUAAGACUAUUACUUGGCAUCGUGUUCUCGACACUAAUGAUCGCUUCUUGCAUAAAAUUGAGGUUGGGCGUGCCGAAACCAAAAAAGGUGAAGUUAGAGAAAUUGGAUUUGACCUGAUUGCUGCUAGUGAGCUGAUGGCAAUACUGGCUCUUACAACAAGUCUGUCUAACAUGCACGAACGUAUCAGAAGAAUUGUUGUAGCGAGCGAUUAUGAAGGUAAGCCAAUAACAGCCGACGACAUUGGAGUAACCGGAGCACAGACUGUUCUAAUGAAAGAUGCUAUCUGCCCAAAUCUCAAACAGAGUUUUGAAAGGACGCCAGUCUUUGUUCAUGCAGACAUGUGGCUACAUGAGCAUAUGGCAACCUAUUACAGCAAGUGGCGGUCUGCUGUUUAUCCGUACUCUGUUUUAUGGCAAACAUAUUACAAGCCUUAUAUACUGAUAAGUCGUCUUGAAACACCACCAUAUGAUCAGCGUUUUGUUGGAUUUGGGUUGAAUAAGGUUUCGCAUAUGAUGAUUUUAGAUGCACUUGGGUUUAAUUUCACAGUGCUUCCAGACGUUUUCAUAAUACACAAGCCCCACUCUCCUUCGCACAAAAUUAUUAAAUAUUGUUCAUCACCCGUUUACAGAAAAUAUCUGAAGGCUUUGAAGGGUGAAUUCAUCCGAGAUCUUGUUUGCUCAAAGCAUAUGCACUACACCGAAAAAUAG